GAAUUAGCCACCACGGAGUGGAGUUUUGUCCGCUAGUAAUGAAUACGCCCCUGGUAUUUUGAGAUUUUUAAUGAUAGCUGUGGUAGCGCAAGAUGAAAAUCCCCAUGCAUAAUUGGUAGAGUAAAACUGCAAAACACACUUGGAAUAAGGUAGAUAAAAUCAGCACCCCUGCUAGUAACAGUGUCGGGACAAUGUUGGCUGCAAACUAGCAACAACAUGUUUUCAUUGCACACACAUUCAGCAAGGUGUACUACUGUGUAGUUGGCAGGCUAGCUAGCUAAGCUGUCCGUGUUGUCAGAAGCCAAGCAGGACUAACUUACUUUGAAGGCAUACAGACUCGACUAAGGGCGUUUCAUAUUAGAUAAGAUGUCCAGUCUGAGGGUGAUGGAAGGUUGCGUGGUGGUGGUGUGUGUGCGUGCCCAGGCAGAUAAACAGUGUGUCACAAAUAGCCCUAUACACUACUUCUGACCAAAGCCUGACGACGAGGCCAGAUAUUUAGAGGACAAAAAGGACAUGCUGGGCUGUAAGGAACAGGACGGUGGGAGGAGCACCAGCUCACUGGCUGUGACCCUAUAACGGAGUACGAUAACCCAGCACCCUGAUUGUACAAGUAGACAUGCACCAGGGAUAAACCCAUUCCCUUCCCCAUCAAGUUCUUUAAACUACCCCCCCCCCACCUCUUUCUCAGGGGUUCUAGUGGACCAGUUUGGGUCCCAGACAGGCAGGCCCUGGGGAAGGGAAGUGAGGGUGAGGGAUAAAGCCUAGUUCUUUGGGGGCUGGGAGGUGAGGUGAGUGAGAGGUGUGGCAUUUGGAGGAGGGAGUGCAGCAGGAGGCACAGGGCCAGCCACAGACAGGUCUGUGGUAGAGAGGGACAGGCCUCAGCCCCAGGACUCCAAGGGUCCCCAGCCGCAAGACGGCCCAGCCAUGUCUAAAGGAGGUGAGGCUCCAGACGGCGGGGAACACCCUCGCUUCUUCGUAGGCUGCGACGACAACGAGGGUGAGGAAUUGCUGGACCCCGGGCGGGUCAUGGGCUACGACUGCCUCUAUGAGAAUGUGGAAGAAGAGGAGGAGGACGAGGACGACGAGAUGUAUGAUUCGCCUCCUGAGAGGCAGAUCGUGGUGGGCAUCUGUGCCAUGUCCAAGAAGUCCAAGUCCAAGCCCAUGAAGGAGAUCCUGGAGCGCCUCUGUCUGUUCAAGUACAUCACGGUGGUGACCAUCGAGGAGGAGGUCAUCCUCAACGAGCCUGUGGACAACUGGCCACUCUGUGACUGCCUCAUCUCAUUUCACUCCAAAGGUUUUCCAUUGGACAAAGCAGUAGCCUAUGAGAAACUCAGAAACCCGUUUGUCAUCAAUGAUCUGGAUCUCCAGUACUACAUUCAAGACAGGAGGGAGGUGUACCGGAUCCUGAAGAACCAGGGCAUCCUGCUCCCACGUUACGCCGUUCUCAACAGAGACCCUGCGAGACCAGAGGAGUGUAACCUGGUGGAGGGGGAGGACCACGUGGAGGUGAACGGUGAAGUGUUCCAGAAGCCCUUUGUGGAGAAGCCUGUGAGCGCCGAGGACCACAAUGUCUACAUCUAUUACCCCACGUCGGCCGGAGGAGGCAGCCAGAGGCUCUUCCGCAAGAUUGGAAGCAGAAGUAGUGUUUAUUCGCCCGAGAGCAAUGUGCGAAAAACCGGAUCCUACAUUUAUGAAGAGUUCAUGCCAACGGAUGGAACUGAUGUGAAGGUGUACACAGUGGGGCCGGACUACGCCCACGCGGAGGCCAGGAAGUCCCCGGCCCUGGACGGCAAGGUGGAGCGGGACAGUGAAGGCAAGGAGGUGCGCUACCCUGUCAUCCUCAACGCCCGCGAGAAGCUCAUCGCCUGGAAGGUCUGUCUGGCCUUCAAGCAAACGGUCUGUGGUUUCGACUUGCUACGUGCCAACGGCCAGUCGUACGUGUGCGACGUCAACGGCUUCAGCUUCGUGAAGAACUCCAUGAAGUACUAUGACGACUGUGCAAAAAUACUGGGAAAUAUCAUCAUGAGAGAGCUGGCUCCCCAGUUUUCCAUCCCAUGGUCCAUUCCUCUGGAGGCUGAAGAUAUCCCCAUUGUCCCCACCACCUCUGGAACCAUGAUGGAGCUACGGUGUGUUAUCGCUGUGAUUCGUCAUGGCGACAGAACUCCCAAACAGAAAAUGAAAAUGGAGGUUCGGCACCAGAGGUUUUUUGAUCUAUUUGAAAAAUGUGGCGGGUACAAAAACAAAAAACUAAAGUUGAAAAAGCCAAAGCAAUUACAGGAAGUACUAGAUAUCGCAAGACAACUCCUUGUCGAAAUCGGACAGAACAACGAUUCCGAAAUUGAAGAAUCCAAAGCAAAACUUGAACAACUGAAAACAGUCCUUGAAAUGUAUGGCCAUUUUUCUGGCAUCAAUCGCAAGGUUCAGAUGACGUACCUUCCACAUGGGUGCCCCAAAACAUCCAGUGAAGAGGAAGACGUGCGUAGGGAUGACCCUUCUCUGCUGCUGGUGUUGAAGUGGGGUGGGGAGCUGACCCCGGCAGGCAGGGUACAGGCUGAGGAGCUGGGGAGGGCCUUCCGCUGCAUGUACCCUGGAGGACAAGGUGACUACGCAGGAUUCCCAGGGUGUGGCCUGCUGCGCCUCCACAGCACCUACAGACACGACCUGAAGAUCUACGCCUCCGAUGAGGGACGCGUUCAGAUGACAGCCGCUGCCUUCGCUAAGGGACUGCUGGCGCUGGAGGGCGAGCUGACACCAAUUCUGGUGCAGAUGGUGAAGAGUGCCAACAUGAACGGGCUGCUGGACAGCGACAGCGACUCUCUCAGCAGCUGCCAGCAGCGCGUCAAGGCCCGUCUCCACGAGAUCCUGCAGAGAGAUAGGGACUUCACUGCCGAAGAUUACGAGAAGCUGGCACCCACCACCAGCUCCUCCUUGAUCAAGUCCAUGCAGAUGAUCAAGAACCCGGUGAAGACGUGUGACAAGGUGUACGCUCUCAUUCAGAGCCUCACUCUGCAGAUCAGACAGAGGAUGGAGGACCCCAAGUCAGCUGACAUCCAAUUGUACCAUAGUGAGACUCUGGAUCUGAUGCUGCGGCGCUGGGCCAAGCUGGAGAAGGACUUCCGGAUGAAGAACGGCCGCUACAACAUCAGCAAGAUCCCAGACAUCUACGACUGCAUCAAGUACGACGUGCAGCACAACAGCUCCCUCAACCUGUCUAACACUAUGGAGAUCUACCGCCUGUCCAAGGCCCUAGCCGACAUCGUCAUUCCACAGGAGUAUGGUAUCUCUCAACCUGAGAAGCUGGACAUAGCCAAGGGCUACUGCACCCCCCUCAUUCGCAAGAUCCGCUCCGACCUGCAGAGGACACAGGACGACGACACCGUCAACAAACUGCACCCUGUGUAUUCCCGUGGAGUCAUGUCCCCGGAGCGUCAUGUCAGGACCAGGCUGUACUUCACCAGUGAGAGCCACGUGCACUCCCUGCUCUCCAUCCUCCGCUACGGAGCUUUCUGUGACGAGACCAAAGAUGACCAAUGGAAGAGGGCCAUGGAGUACCUCAAGGUGGUCAGCGAGCUGAACUACAUGACACAGAUUGUAAUCAUGCUUUACGAGGACCCUAACAAGGACCCUUCGUCUGAGGAGCGCUUCCACGUGGAGCUGCAUUUCAGCCCGGGAGCCAAGGGCUGUGAGGACGACAAAAACCUGCCCUCAGGGUUUGGCUACAGACCAGCUUCUCGAGAGAACGAGGGAUCCAAGAAGAAGUCUAAGGAAGACAACGACGAGGAGUCGGCCGCCGCCAACGCCAAGCGGGACGAGCCGGACCGAGCAGCCCUAAUGAUGUUCAGGCCACUGGUGUCUGACCCCAUCUACAUCAACAGAAAGUGCCCACUGCCCCGUUCCAAAAAGAUUGGCUCUGUGGAAUCCCCAUUGCAGCCAGACUUUAUCAAGACCGCAGCUGGCAAAGAAGAGAGCCCCCUGAGUGUGUCUAGCCCUGACUCUAUUGGUACCUGGCUUCAUUACACCUGUGGUGUUGGUACUGGGCGUCGAAGACGCAGAUCAGGGGACCAAAUCACUUCCUCCCCUGUCUCCCCCAAAUCACUGGCUUUCACAUCCAGUAUUUUUGGCUCAUGGCAACAGGUUCUGUCAGAGAACAAUGCCCAUGCACAGCGACCUGGUAGACUAUACUCUGAACACAAACUCACCCCAGGAGUAGGGUCUCAUUGCGCUGGUCUCUUUAGCACCAUGGUGCUCGGGGCCUCCUCCAGUGCACCUAACCUACAAGAUUAUGCUCGCGCGCACCGUAAAAAGCUGACCUCUUCUGGCUUCUUAGAUGAGGCCACGCGUGGGUCUGCUGUAAAACGAUUUUCUAUCUCAUUUGCGCGACACCCAACCAAUGGUUUUGAGCUGUACUCCAUGGUUCCGUCCAUAUGCCCCCUGGAGACCCUGCACAACUCGCUCUCGCUGAAACAGAUAGACGACUUCCUGGCUUCCAUCGCUGCAUCUCAUGAGUCGCUCCUGGACAUCUCUGCCUCCUCCCCAGCUGUGAAAAAAACUCCUUUGAACACUUACACUCCUGCAAAGAUAUUGCCCUGCCCUUUCACGCAGGGCAAGAAGAAUAUGGACAGGGCUGCAACUGGGAUCAGCUCAUCGCCCACUAAAGAACCCCGGUCUGGCCCUGCCGACCCUUCCCCAAACGCUGCAGCAGGGGAUAAAGCAUCCCAGCCGUCCCCUUCUCAGCCCACCACAGAAAGUAAAGCAGCCUUGCAAUCCUCCUCUGAGGACCUGGAACCUCCUACUGGAUUCUCAGCCACCCUGAACCCAGCAACUCAACACACCUCCAAAGAGAAACUGGAAGCCUCAACCCCAGACAAAUGGGUCAAGCAGACUCUGCAGCAUGAUGCCCAAAGUUGCAAAGUGCCACCACAAACCCAGAGUGGUGACGUGUCACCACAAUCCCCUGCCAAAGGUGCACCAAGUGGCAAAGUCCCUUCAAAGAACCCCACCCAAGAUAACCUGACUUGUAAAAUGUCCCCACACUCACCUUCCAAAGAAAUCCAGAGUGGUAAAGUGUUACCACAAACGUUUACCCAGGAUGCACCAAGUGGUAAAGUAACACCACAAGCCCCUUCCCUAGACCCCACAGAAAAGGGGUCCAAGACUUCACCCCAUGACAGAGUUCACCAGGGACUGAAUUCUAAAGGGACUCUUGGAGAAGGUGCCAUGUCUUUGACCACCAGCAAGGAAAGGGAGGCAAAGCUGGACUCCAAAUAAACAAAUGUUCUGUUCAAGGUCAAAACAAUAUUGCAAUUGUUACAUAAUUAGGAUUAGAUUAACCAGAAAUCACAAUCUCGUCUAGACUAGGGUUAUUUGUUACAAAAUGCUGUUACACAUUUAGCUGAGCUUACAACAUGGCAAUUUCAUGAUGUUUCUAGGGAGGGUGUCACUGUUGCACAGUGUGUGUAAAAGGCACACUUAACUAAGACAUGCAAUGUUUUUGUGAUUGUCUCUGCUACUGUAUGACUGCUUCCCAUUUGAUUCACCUGUUGCUAGCGUCUUGUAUAUUUUAAUGUAAUGCCGAUGUAUAGAAUUUAAAUGUUGAAUAUUCUGCUGCCUACAUCUCGCUGGAUUCCUGAACUGAGACUAAUGGAAUGGAUGUUCUGGCUCAUCUUGAGGCUACAAGGUCCAAGCUAUGUUUAAAGGGUCAGAUCAAAUAUACUUGUUUCCUGUACAGGGUACAUAUGUCUUUCACCUAUAUUUUCAGACCUACUCUGAGCUUGCGCUUCAUUUCCCAUUCAUGAAACUGGAAUCGGAAGUGUCUGCCUUGUGCACACUGUAAUGACCAUCAUUUUCACUCUUUAUUACAUUGUAAUCAAACAUGUAAUUGUUGUGUGUGUAUAUAUAUAUAUAUAUAUAUUCAGAAUAAAAGUUCAGGGAAAAUCCUAA